GUCCCGUCGACACACACACACGGAGUGUCGCUGUUGUAGGGCACUUUGUCUUAGUACUUUAGAAAAGUUAGUCGUAGUUUGUGUUGACAAUAUUUAGAAGUUGUUCCAGCUCUUGAAAAUUUUGUCGGAGUCGGUGUUUUUAGAGUGUGAGCUUUUCCCGGGUAACUUUCCACGCGAGCAAUGGCCGAGCAGAUCCACCAGGAGGAAGACAAGACGGCCAACGGCGAGCCGCUGGCCAACGGGCUGAACGGCCCGAAGAAGAGCAGCCAGCAGCCGCUGUGCGAGCGGCUGAAGAGGCUCGCCAGGAACAACCUGCUGGUGAUCCUCACCGUGGCCGGAGUCAUCGUCGGCGUGUUUAUCGGACUCGGAGUGCGCAACGUGGACUUGACCAGAACGCAGAUCAUCUACGUGGGUUUCCCCGGCGAGCUGCUGAUCCGGCUCUUGAAGAUGAUCAUCAUCCCGCUAGUGGUGUGCAGCCUGGUGUCCGGGGCGGCCAGCAUCGACCCCAAAGCUCUGGGGAAGGUCGGCGGCUGGGCGAUGCUCUUCUUUCUGGUUACCACCCUGAUCGCCUCGUCCAUCGGUGUCAUCAUGGCCUUCAUCCUCACCCCGGGGUCCGUGUCCAUGUCCAAACCCAACGUGCAUGGCUUCGACGACGAAGUGCCCGAACCCAAAGAAGUGAUCGAUUCCUUUUUAGACUUGAUCAGAAAUGUUUUCCCCUCCAAUCUGGUGUCUGCUGCCUUUCUAUCAUAUGGUACCACCUACAAGUAUAUACCCAGGAAUGAUACCAGUGGAAUGUCCAACAUCACACAGGAAAAGAUCCCCGUAGGAAAAGACCAGGACGGUAUGAAUAUUCUUGGUCUAGUAACGUUUGCCAUCGUGUUUGGUGUGGCUUUGAGGAAGCUGGGAGAUGAAGGAGAGAUCCUCAUCAAGUUCUUCAACGCCUUCAACGAGGGCACGAUGGUGGUGGUGUCCUGGAUCAUGUGGUAUGCUCCUAUUGGUAUCAUGUUCCUUGUGGCUGGUAAGAUUGUUGAGAUGGAGGAUGUUGGAAAUCUGUUUGCUGGUCUGGGAAAGUAUAUCGCGUGCUGCAUCAUCGGCCAUGCCAUCCACGGUCUUCUUGUGUUGCCGGGCAUCUACUUUGUCAUUACCAGGAAGAAUCCAUACAUCUUCCUCUGGGGAAUAUUCACAGCUUUGGCCACAGCCUUCGGCACAAGCUCUAGCUCAGCGACGCUGCCCCUGAUGAUCAAAUGUGUGGAGGAGAAGAAUGGCGUGUCCAAACACAUCAGCCGCUUUAUUCUGCCCAUCGGUGCCACAGUCAACAUGGACGGGGCCGCGCUCUUCCAGUGUGUGGCUACUGUUUUCAUCGCCCAGCUGAAUAACAUGUCCCUGAACUUCAUCCAGAUCGUCACCAUCCUAGUCACAGCAACAGCUUCCAGUGUUGGAGCAGCAGGGAUACCUGCAGGCGGUGUGCUAACCCUGGCUAUUAUCUUGGAGGCAGUUGGACUACCAACCAAUGACAUCUCCCUCAUCCUGGCUGUUGAUUGGCUUGUCGACCGUACCUGCACUGUGCUGAACGUGGAGGGCGACGCCUUUGGAGCCGGGCUCUUGCAGCACUUUGUGGAUCGCACAUCCAAACGAGAAGAAGCAGCGGAGCUGACGGAGGUCAGGAUGGAGCCAGCUGCUGCCACACCUGAGCUGUCGCCGCUCCUCAACAACCGAGACGAGAAGGCGGUGCUGGCUGAAAAAGAGUCCAGCAUGUGAUGCAGCCGCUGCAUCAUCAGUGACCCCCUUAUUCGACCCUUUCGAGACGAAACAUGAGAUUGGGCUCCACCAUUCCCUUCAGUCUGUCCUGAAGAAACAGAAUGUGGACUUGCAGUGCACAGUACUAUGCAAAAAAGGAGCCUUCUUUCCCUGGAGAUUAAAAGGAAAAGUCAAAAUUCUUAUUAUGCAUUAUUUAAUUUUAUUUUGAAGGGACAGUGUUGUUCAUUGGUCGAGCUGCUGUGUUUGAAAUCUAAAUAAUGUUCUGUGUCAGUACUCUGUCCUUAUCAGCUUUGAAGUUGGAGUAGGUGGUCAUCAGUCAGUAAUAGGUUUAACUGGUUAAACAAUAUUUAUCCAUACCUGCUGUGAUAUCGGAGAGAAACUCGAGCGUUGUUCAGGGCUCAACAUUCAAGGGUCAUGAUAUAAUUAGCCUCCCCAUCAAAUAAUAUGUGCCCGAAAUUGUUACAGAGUGAGGAAUAUUAACGUUCCAGUGCAUUCAGGGGGCAUUUUAAAGAGGUGAUGCACUCUUUAUGAGUGAAGAAUGUUUUGCUGCUUGUGUUCUUAAUUAACAUACAUGCUGGCGGUGUUGUAAUCCGCGGGAGCGUUUUUUUACCAACCUUGCUAGGAAUAUUCUUUCGGGGUGGAUCCAAAUGAUAAAAUGUUUGAAGCUGAUUCGUUAAGAUAUUCAAAUUUAGCCUGAAAAACACAUUUUACAAGACAUUCCUCCAAGCAGUAUGGCUUGGUAGAUGAUGUCAAGCUUAUAUCAAUCGGUGAAUCAUUUGUAGUCAACGAAUGAGUGACUUUAAUGAUGUUACAAAGUCUUGAUCAAACAUCAUCAGAACUGUCGUCUCCCCCCAAAGGCAUUUUUCUACAAUUGCGCCACAACCAAAAGGGCUACAAACGUGAUCCAAAGCUUAGAUCGUGAUGAUCAUUUGUCAUGUUGAAAGUGACGUCAUGUUGAAGUCACUAAAAUACGAAAUGAUGUCACUAUACCCUUCCAGUGUUUUGGUCAUGAAACUUUGUGGGGACUUUUUGUGCAGUGCUCAUGCAAAUUAUAGAACACUUCAAAGUGUUCUGCAGAGGCACCUUAGAUGAAGCCAUUUGUUUGAUUAUGGUAGAUUUAGACAUGAUCAAAGUGUAAGAUGUCACCUAAAGUCUUUCAAAAUGAAGACAUUUUGAACAGCGUAUAGAGCUAUGGGUUUUUUUGAUGGGACAGUUAUGGUUUCUGUGUUUUGCCGUCUUUUCAGAGGAUGUGACACAGUGCUCACAUCACACUGACUGUUCAGGUCUGUAACUUUUAGUCUUACAGUCCACGUCCUGUCCAUUUAUAAUCGUAAAGAGGUUCGGAGUGCUGUGGGUGGAUCUGUCUUGCUAACCAUUGUACUGUAGCAAAUUCUCGUGCUGGACACGAAGAAUUUGACAUUUUUCCUUUUUUAAAUGGAGGUUUGGAGGUGACGGACCACAAGUUCCACAAUGGCAGGAGUGCAGUCACUCCACCAACCUAAACAUGCUUUGCCUGGGAGAUUUUUGCUGAGCCUUGUGUGGAAUUCUGUUCCGAGCUUUAGUUGUUUACACAUCAGUGCACCUGUUGAUUUUUAAACAGCUGAGUCAGACUUUAAAGCUACAGUGUGUAGGAUUUAGUGACAUCUAGUGGUAAGGUUGCAUUAUGCUGUCGCCAGUCAUAGUUUUGAUUUCUUUCACAGUUUCACUUCUUUGGUGACAGAUUCAUGCUGCCAUUCCUUCUCUUGUGAUGAGCAACACGGUGCAGCAGAUAAACGCACGUAUCACAAGAUUCUCUUAUUUUGUGAUACAAGCACCAAGUUUGGCACAGUGGUUCUUCUUGGUCUACUUGUCGCUUCACUUUUUAAGAUGGUCAUUUUUUCAAGCUGGUGCCCAGAAAUAUGUAUUUUAAUUGGUUUAUUUUAAUGUUAUACCUGUUAAAUAUUGUACCACUUUCAUGCUUUUUAUAUGAAUUGCAUAUGUUUUUAUUAAGUGUACAUCCAUGCUGUAGUGCAUGUAAGCUUUAGAACAUGCACUAGUGUUUAGGGUGUAAGGGUUAAGUAGUAGAGGUAGUAUUCUUGCUUUUAAAGUCAGCCAUGUGCUUUGGAUGAACACAAGUACUCCCUGCUCACCUAACACUUAUCUAUGGGUCCAAGUAGUUGCUUGUGGACGGCUGUGGCUACACCCCGUAAAAAGUGCAUUGGCUUGUGGUCUAAACUAGGUAGGAGUAGCACACAGAGAGAUUCUCUUGGAGAUGACUUUGCUCCUGUAUCAGUGCAUGAAAACUGGAAACUUCCCAGAAUGGACUGUGGAACAGAUGAAACAAUGACUUCAACAUUAUACACUCCAAAACUUCAAAUUCCUUGUGGCUAAUGACAUUUUUGAAGAAAAGGACUUCUCAGAAGUACUUAUACCAAAUGCAUGUGUAAUACUCCAUUUCACAAAAGUAAUCGUGCUCAAGGUUGUUAGCCUGCAAUAGCAACCAGCAGACACCGUGUAGGGGAGCCACCAAUUAUUACUCUUGGUUUUUUGGUUUUCUUCUGUCUUUUGGCCAAUCUACAAAAGACUUAAGUAUGGACUUUUUGGGACCUUUUGGGCUACUAUAUCCACAGGGCAGCUAAUAAAUACCCAUGUAUCCUCCACUGUUUUGCUGGGUAACUGGUAACUCCAGUGGGAAUGUUGAGUCCUGAUGUUACAAAUGGCAAUGAAAAUAUGUUACACUCAGAUAUGAUGCAAACAUCUAGUUAAACAGGUGUAGUUACCCUUUAGUUUAGUUAUUUGCAUUGUGUAAACGAUUUUGUAAACUCUGUAAACCUGUUCUGUGUGUGGCACAGAGGGGAGAACGUUUCAGCUUUCAAAGUUGCUGAUGCACAAACUACAGUUGCUGAAAAAUAGUUUGUCAGAUUGACUGUUCGUAUUCAGCUGAAAUCUGUUAUCUUCAGAAUGUUCUGAUUCCGUUAAGUCUGCUUCGUUUUUGUUUCCACGUGUGGAACAAAUAAAGGAUAAAAUUGUAGGAGAAUAUCAAGUAGGAAAUCUAAGAUAAGUGUUUAACUCUUCACAUUAGAAUUAUGGUAAGAUGUCCUGUAUUGGAGAUGUCCUCCAAUGUACUUAAACCAAAUGCUGUAAAACAUGAAUGUGCCUCUGACAGAUUAUUCAUCUUCAUAAUCUUUUCUUCUUACUACAGGUUGUUUUGGGGGGAUUUAAAGGUUGUUAGUCUGUCUGUACUUGCAAAUGUUUUUCUGCGCACAAUAUGUGUCUCAUGGCGAUAAAACAUGGUGCACUUGCAAAAUGCAUUCUGCAUUUUAUAUGUAUACUCCAAAUGUGGACAUCAAAUCAAAUGACUGACCCAAAGAUCACUGACAGAGCCUCACUACAGGAACUUAACAUAUGUCCCCCCCCCCCCCACACACACACACACACUAUCUGGACCCACAGCUGGAUGUUUCCGCUUGUUCAGACAGACGCCUGCGACACAGAAAACAAAGACCUCAGGUUCACCUGCCGCUUGAAAACUGUCAAAGUUCUGAGACCAAACCUCACAGAUGCGUCGGCAAUCAGAGCCUGUCGGACUCCGGACACUCUUCGAAUGUAUGCGGGGGGUCAGGAGUGUCGUGUUCUUAACAUUGCUCCACAUAGGUUCCAGCAACUUGGCAAAGCACAAAGAUGUGUAAAGUGUGUGUCUCAAUAUUCCAUAGUGGAUGAUGUGCCAGUGGAGUGAUGCUUUACUUUGCAUUAACUCCUGAAUGGUCAACUUUUGUUUGUGCGUGUGUGAAAUGUUACUUAUAUUUGGCUUUUUUUUUUAUCGUCGUCUUCUUUCUUGUAUGUUUCCAUUGGUGCUGAUUAUAAAAUUAUCUGGUAUCAUUCAUAUUUAUUUCUCAAAUUAAUACCCAAAACAGCUUUUUGUCACACUUUUAACAUUUGGAUUUUUUUCCUGUCUUGUACUUGCUGGGUUUUAUUUUUUUUAAUGGACAACAAUAGUAAAGGAAAUGGUAAUGAAGCAUUUUUACAGUAAAAUAAAUUUACAAUAAAUGUAAGCUUAUAAAAUACUGUUUGCAAAGUAAUUUCAUGUAGAACAAAGUAACAUGAUUACAAAAAUGCCUAUUUUAAUGGAUAUACUAGAAAAAAAUGUAAGGGUUAUUUUAAAAUGUAUUUUCUGCUAUAAUUUCUUUUAUGGUCUUAAUACAAGCUGGUCUGUUUUAUUUAUACUUUAUUAUUGCAGUGUAAAUUAUAAAAUGAAUUUAUAAAUUAUUCAUCAGAUAGUCCACAUUAAAAAGGGAUGUUGGUCAAUUAAAAAACCAAUACCUCAUAACUCAGUUUAACUAAUUCAGAAAACUGAAUUCAUGAGUCAAUUUCAAUUUUCAAUUUAUUUUCAUUUGUAUAGCACCAAAUCACAACAAAGUUGCCUCAAGGCGCUUCACACAAGUAAGGUCUAACCUUACUUGAGUGAAAUUGCAUUUUAUUUAAAUCAGGUAGAACAAUUUACUUCUAAAUCAGAGUAUUACAUCCUUAACUUGCAUGGACUUUUUACAUUGUAAUUUAACCUGUAGAUCAAUAAAUAAAAUUAGUUAUUAGCCCUGUUUUUCUUGAUAAAACGUUCACUAUUUAAAUGACUUGUGGUCCUGUCGUUUUGAACUGUGAGCGUCUGAAGUGUCCAGCGUGCUUCCAUCUUUCUGUCUUUUGAAUUUUUAAGUAGUUGGGAUUUGGUAGAGCUCAGCAGGCUUUGGCUCUGUUCCUUGGCUGAGAUUGAAGGUUUAAAAUUAGUUUGAAUCUGUUGACAUGUGAAAUGUUUGGUUUAAAUGUGGAGGAAUCCUCUUUACCUACGUUAGGUCUUACAGAGGUUAAAAAGAAUAAGUGGAUAAAGAUGAAUUGUACUGAUGGAACUCUAGAAAGAUUUAUAAUUUUUGCAGCAUAUUUAUAAUUGUUAAAGUUGCAUUUCUGUCUUAAACUAUUUCUAGCUUUAUGGAACAACUGAGAUGUGUGCGUAUGUUACACUGUUAGGAUCUGUCAAGUCCAUCGGGUUCUAGUUAAGAUUUCAAAGCUUUAUAUUCUAGUAGCUUUGAAGAACGUAUUUGUCAUGGUGUGAAAAUCAUUUCUAAAGUCAUAUUGCAGGGGAGAG